AUGGCGGACCAACUCACCGACGACCAGAUCGCCGAGUUCAAGGAAGCCUUCAGCCUAUUCGACAAGGACGGCGACGGUUGCAUCACAACCAAGGAGCUGGGAACAGUUAUGCGCUCGCUGGGGCAGAACCCAACCGAGGCAGAGCUCCAGGACAUGAUCAACGAGGUCGAUGCCGAUGGCAACGGCACCAUCGACUUCCCGGAGUUCCUCAACCUGAUGGCUCGCAAGAUGAAGGACACCGACUCGGAGGAAGAGCUCAAGGAGGCCUUCCGGGUGUUCGACAAGGACCAGAACGGUUUCAUCUCGGCCGCGGAGCUCCGCCACGUCAUGACCAACCUCGGCGAGAAGCUAACGGAUGACGAGGUCGACGAGAUGAUCCGCGAGGCUGACGUCGACGGGGACGGCCAGAUCAACUACGAGGAGUUCGUCAAGGUGAUGAUGCAGAAGAAGCGUACUAGUAGACGUAGUUGCUCAAGAGCAUUCAUGGAAUCCUCCUCCCCUGCUGCUACCCUGUCUCUCUCCCGUGUGUCAUUGAAACAUCUUUCUUUCUGUGUGAAUCUGCAAGACUUGGCCCCUUCGCGAUGA